UAGAGGAGCCUGGAAGGCAGAGCAACUGGACCUCGCCUAAGCCGUGUCUCUGACUCAUUUCUGACUUUAGGCAAGUUCUUCCAGUGGGAAAAAAGGAGAAGAUGUUUAGUUUCAUCCUUGUCACCACUGCUCUGCUAAUAGGCAGGGGAAGCUCGGCUCUGGAGAACUGCCUCCAGGAGCAGGCGCGGCUCAGAGCCCAAGUGUACCUGCUGGAGACUCGGGUCAAGCAGCAACAAGUCAAGAUCGCACAGCUUUUGCAUGAGAAGGAAAUCCAGCUCCUUGAUAAAGGAGAGGAGAAUAGUGUCAUUGACCUUGGAGGCAAGAGACAAUACGCAGAUUGUUCAGAGAUUUUCAAUGACGGGUACAAGCAGAGUGGAUUUUAUAAAAUCAAACCUCUCCAGAGCCCAGCAGAAUUCUCUGUUUAUUGUGACAUGUCUGAAGGAGGAGGAUGGACUGUAAUUCAGAGACGAUCUGAUGGCAGUGAAAACUUUAACAGAGACUGGAGUGACUAUGAAAAUGGCUUUGGAAAUUUUGUCCAAAAAAAUGGUGAAUAUUGGUUGGGUAAUAGAAAUCUUCACUUAUUGACCACACAAGGAGAUUACACGUUAAAAAUUGACCUUGCAGAUUUUGAGAAAAAUAGCCGUUAUGCUCAAUAUAAAAAUUUCAAAGUUGGAGAUGAAAAGAAUUCCUAUGAUUUACAUAUUGGGGAAUAUUCUGGAACCGCUGGAGACUCCCUUACUGGAAAUUUUCAUCCUGAAGUGCAAUGGUGGGCCAGUCACCAAAGAAUGAAAUUCAGCACGUGGGACAGAGAUAACGACAACUAUGAAGGGAACUGUGCGAAAGAGGAUCAGUCUGGCUGGUGGUUUAACAGGUGUCACUCUGCAAACCUGAAUGGUUUAUACCACAAGGGUCCCUACACCGCUAAAACGGACAAUGGGAUUGUCUGGCACACCUGGCAUGGAUGGUGGUAUUCCUUGAAAUCUGUGGUUAUGAAAAUUAGGCCAAAUGAUUUCAUUCCAAAUAUUGUUUAAUUGUCCCUGCUGGGGUUUCAUUUCUGCAGUUUAUCUUGGUUUAAGUGAUUUGAAAAAUGUAGCAAAUCUGAACAUUCACAUGUAUGAUG